CUUCCUUCCCGCCCCUUUCCACCGGCGUUCAAUCGUGAAGUGGAUUGACUGUUGCGGUCUCUCUAUGUGGCGCAUGAAUGUGCGUUUCGGGAUGUAACGGCUGCCUCUCGAUGUAACAAUACUGAAUUCAAACAUAAAUAUAUAGCUAAGGGACUCAAAGGAUAGGAUACCGUGGGAGAGCGGGUGCAAAAGAAGGGAGUUUUCGACAGCACGGAGCGGCGGCAGAUAAGGGAGCGUGGCAGGAGGGACGCUCUAGCAAAACCCAACCGACACCGCACGCAGAAAUGGCGGAGCACCACGCAGCCAGCGACGGCAAGCACAAAGCGUCCACCAAUGCCGGGGGCUCGGUGCACGGGAACAGCCGACCCAGCGCCGCGGGUGGAGGAGGGAGCAAAGGAGGCCUGUCUGGCGGACUGACACAGCCGGCAGGGUGGCAGUCUUUGCUGUCGUUCAGUAUUCUUUUUCUGGCCUGUCUGGCGGGAUUCAGCUCCAGACUUUUCGCGGUGAUCCGGUUCGAGAGCAUCAUCCACGAGUUUGAUCCAUGGUUCAACUAUAGAUCAACACACCAUCUCACCUCAAAUGGCUUCUACGAGUUCCUCAACUGGUUUGAUGAAAGGGCCUGGUACCCCUUGGGCAGAAUCGUUGGUGGCACAGUAUACCCAGGCUUAAUGGUGACUGCGGGCCUCAUCCACUACGUGCUCAACCUGCUCCACAUCACCGUCCACAUCCGUGAUGUGUGUGUCUUCCUGGCACCGGUGUUCAGCGGUCUGACGGCCAUCUCCACCUUCCUCCUGACACGGGAGCUGUGGAACCAGGGUGCAGGGCUGCUGGCGGCCUGCUUCAUCGCCAUCGUCCCUGGCUACAUCUCCCGCUCUGUUGCAGGUUCUUUUGACAACGAGGGCAUCGCCAUCUUCGCCCUGCAGUUCACCUACUAUCUCUGGGUGAAGUCAGUGAAGACGGGCUCAGUAUUCUGGACUAUUGGCUGCUGUCUCUCCUAUUUCUACAUGGUGUCAGCAUGGGGAGGUUAUGUGUUUAUUAUCAACCUGAUUCCUCUGCAUGUGUUUGUGCUGCUGCUGAUGCAACGCUACAGCAGAAGAGUCUACAUCGCGUACAGCACGUUCUACAUCGUAGGUCUCAUCCUGUCGAUGCAGGUCCCUUUCGUCGGCUUCCAGCCAAUCAGGACCAGCGAGCACAUGGCGGCUGCUGGUGUGUUUGCACUUCUCCAAGCCUAUGCCUUCCUGCAGUACCUGAAGGACAGGCUGACCAGACAGGAGUUCCAGACGCUUUUCUUCCUUGGAGUCUCUCUGGCUGCCGGCGUAGUCUUCCUCACAGUGAUCUAUCUCACGUACACAGGAUACAUCGCUCCAUGGAGUGGUCGCUUCUACUCUCUCUGGGACACCGGCUACGCCAAGAUCCACAUCCCCAUCAUAGCGUCGGUGUCGGAGCACCAGCCGACGACAUGGGUCUCCUUCUUCUUCGACCUCCACAUCCUGGUCUGCACCUUCCCAGCAGGCCUCUGGUUCUGCAUCAAGAACAUCAACGACGAACGAGUGUUUGUGGCCCUGUACGCCAUCAGCGCAGUCUACUUUGCCGGCGUGAUGGUGCGUCUGAUGCUGACCCUGACUCCGGUGGUGUGCAUGCUGUCGGCAGUGGCUUUCUCCAGCGUGUUUGAGCAUUACAUGGGAGACGAUACGAAGCGUGAGAAACCCCCUGCUGAAGACAGCAGUGACGAGGACGAUAAGAGGAAUUCUGGGAAUCUCUACGACAAGGCUGGAAAGGUGCGCAAACAUGUGUCAGAGCAGGAGAAAGCAGAGGAGGGUCUGGGUCCAAACAUCAAGUCCAUAGUCACCAUGUUAAUGUUGAUGCUGCUGAUGAUGUUCGCCGUCCACUGCACCUGGGUCACCAGCAACGCCUACUCCAGUCCCAGCGUGGUGCUCGCCUCGUACAACCACGACGGGACGCGUAACAUCCUGGAUGACUUCAGGGAGGCUUACUACUGGUUGAGACAGAACACUGACGAGCACGCACGCGUCAUGUCGUGGUGGGACUACGGCUACCAGAUAGCCGGCAUGGCCAACAGGACCACUCUAGUCGAUAAUAACACGUGGAACAACAGUCACAUAGCACUGGUGGGAAAAGCCAUGUCGUCCAAUGAGAGCGCUGCCUAUCAAAUCAUGAGGUCGCUGGAUGUGGACUACGUGUUGAUCAUCUUCGGAGGGGUAAUCGGCUACUCAGGCGACGAUAUAAACAAGUUCCUGUGGAUGGUGAGGAUAGCGGAGGGAGAGCACCCAAAGGACAUCAGGGAGAGCGACUACUUCACCCCACAGGGAGAGUUCAGAGUGGACAAGGCCGGUUCACCAACUCUGCUCAACUGCCUCAUGUACAAGAUGUCCUAUUAUCGAUUUGGUGAAAUGCAGCUGGACUUCCGGACACCACCUGGCUUCGACCGGACGCGUAACGCUGAGAUCGGCAACAAGGACAUCAAGUUCAAGCACCUGGAGGAGGCGUUCACCUCAGAGCACUGGCUGGUCAGGAUCUACAAGGUGAAGAACCUGGACAACAGAGAGCCGCUGGACCACAAGCUUCGCAGUGUAGUGCCCAAACAGAAGUACACCUCCAAAAAGACUGCCAAGAGGAAGCGAGGACACAUCAAGAACAAGCUCGUCCUGAGGAAAGGCAAGAAACUACAAAAAAAAUAAUGAUGAUGAUGAUGACGAACUCUUCUAGGAAAACAAACAAAUAAAUGCGAAGAAACCUCUAACAACCAAUGAAGAAGAAGAAGAACACAGGGGCCGUUAAUGUGGCACUUGAUCUCAAGCGCGUCUCAUUAGAGCGCCCCCGUCUGUUGAGGAAGUUGAAGUGUCGUAUCUGGCUCGCUCCAGAACUGUUGUCCGUUUUAUCCUGAGGACUGUUGUCUCGCUUUUUUUUUUCCUCCUGAUUUUUGUUUUUCUGUUUUGAUUUUUUUUUUUUUUACUUUGUACUUGAAUGUGUGGCAAGGUAUAGGGCUGCUUUACUUGGUUUUGGCGUCUAUUAAUUUUUGUGGUACGUUAAUUAACUGCUUAUCAGUACAGGGGUUUUGGGUGAAGGGGAAAAGAGAGAAGACUAGGAACAUUUGCACCAAAGACCCAUCGACCUUGCUCCAUGGCACAUGUGAACUUAUUACUGAGAGUGAGGAAGCGCAGGAGUGAAAGCUGAGGACUUUGUUCCUGACACGUGUACAGAGGACAGUAUGCGGUAUGGAGGAACGUCUUACCGUCUAGGCACAGCCCAUCUGUAAUAUUAACCUUUUUAUCAUCAUCAUCAUCAUCAUCAUCUCCUUUCUGUCUGCCUGGCUCCCUGACCCUUAUUUUUCAACAAAUCCUUUAGAAAAAAAAAUUGGCCUAAUAUGUAAAUAUGUUAUGUAAAGAAAAUGUCUAAAAGGAUGAUAAUAUAUUGGAUUAUUGUGGUGAUUUUUAAAUAUGCAGUUUCUGUUUUUCUCUUAAUUAAUUUCAUUAUGUGAUUGUUUUCAGAGGGGGUUUCAUUUUGUUUUUGUAUGACAGCAAAUAGAACAGUGAAUGCAAUAAUUCUUGUACAGAGGGGCUUGAGAUUUUGUUGAAAGGAUGAAUGUGAAUUUUUACAAAGUCCCCCCCCCACACACACACCUCCCCACCCUUUUUCAUAAAUUGCAUAGAUUGUAUAUUUCUGCUGCUAGGAUUUUAAAGACGGAAAGCAAGCAACUGUGUAUAAAAAGUAGUGAUAAUAAAUUAGGGCGGAAGGAGCUCUCAGUGAGCAAAGCCUAGUGCCUCAUCGCUGGUCAUCAUCACCUCGUUAAUUUGCGACGGUCGACCUAACGUUAACGUUUUGUUAUCGUUUUGUUCAGCUCAUCAUGUAUCAAUGGGGCGGGUUGGGUGCUUUCAACCAGACUGAGGCAGUGGAGACUGGAAAUUUUCAAGAUGUCUGGGAAAUAGACUGGUGAACUGUGACGAGGGGUUAGUUGGUACACAGGCACUGAUGAUGAAAUCAGAAAAGAUGCGAGACAAAAACUAAGGUCAGCAAAGGUAAGAACUUCCAUCAUUGUCUUUGGGAUACUCUAGAGCUGUGUCCCAACGCUGUGCUGCAAACAGGUCCUAAAUUAAAAGGUGUUGAGUGUGUGGCUAAUUCAUACUGCAGAAUUAACUGCUACUCUCAAAUGGCAGGAGGCAUCAGGACAGCAAUCAGCUGUGUUAAACAAUGAGUUGUUUUGUCUACAAAUGUCAACUAACAAAAAAAUUAAGUUUUCCAGAGCUCAGUGUAAUGUAUUUACGCCCAAUGAACAGUCUAAAAACAACACAUAUUUAAUCUAGGAUGAUAUAAAACAGAGAGAUGCACCAAAUCUUCACAUGUAAGAAGCUAAAGGCAAAUGUCCCCUCAAAUCCUGUUUGUUCACUGAACACCUAACAGUAAUUCUCAAACACGUCUGUUAAAUGUCAGGGCUACAACUAAACAAGCAUUAUGAUUAUUGUUCACAAUCUGCUAAUUAUUUUCUCGAUAAAGUGAUCAGAAGUUAAAAUGCCAGGAAACAAACAAACAAAAAUAGUUUCACAGAUGAUUAAGUGACAUCUGUAAAUGUUUUGUUUUUUGCUUGAUAAAUUGUUCAAAACCCCAAAACUUACUUUAAUCUUCUCAUUUCAGAAGCAGGAACAGACAAAUAUUUAGUACUUAUGCUUAAAUUAUGACUCAAACAAUUAGUUGUCAUUAUUGUUGCAGAUUAAAGGGGUAUUCCACUGAUUUAAAAAAAAAAAAAAAAAAAAACAGCAGAGGCGAGAUUUCCUAACUUUAUUAGGCCCACAUCUUUCAAAAUCCACAUCCUCAGUUCCUAAGUUAGUUCAAAAUCUUAAAUCUCAAAACCAAUCUGAGAUAACCUCGAUAUCUUCAAAAUUGCUUCAUGUGUAAAAAUGGUGGAGUGUCCCUUUAAUGUUCUGUCAACGACUCAUCAUUUCAGCUUUUGUACAGAUACUAGAUUAGAUAGACUUUUGAUGGCACUUUUAACAGACACUUGCUGAUUCUGAUCCAUAAAAAUACCUCAGAAUCAAAACUAGUUGAUACAUAGUUUAUACUUUGUAAAAUUAGUAAAUUGUAGGGCUGCAACUAACAGUUAUUUUGUUGUUAAUAAAUCAGUUGGACCGUAAUAUUUUAGAAAAUACUAAAAAAAACACCCAUCACAAUUUCAAGUCCACAUUGAUGUAUUGUAAUUUUUUUUUUUUUUUUUUGUCCAACCAACAGUCCAAAACCUAAAAAAAACAUGCAGUUGUCUUAUUAAAGCCCCAGUGUCCAGUAUGGGAUUGGGACACAGCUCUAAUCAGCAGUAACCUUUGACUUCUUUGGGCACUGCACUGUUCUUUGUGUUUUGGUUCUUCAGAUGCCAUGUGUAAACACUAAAGGAGUUUCUGUAUGUGCACGCUUUCAGUAACCUUUUUAUUUUUUAUCAAAUAAGUGACACAUCAAAAGACUAACACAUCAUACAGCUGUACUUCUUUUUGUCACAUCUCACAGAAAGUGACUUUAUUAGUUUCACCUGUUUAGUUUUUUUCUUUACACUUUUUGAAAAACGUGUCUGAAUCACUUUGUUCUCUUUGCUUUUGAUCUUCUCGGAAACUGCGCGUCACCAUUUCAGGCUUCAGAGCUUCGACUCAAUGCCACAUUGUUGUUCAGUUACACAAUGCCUAAAACUGUGUCACGUCCUUUGAUUUCUCAUAUGUUGAGAGGAGAAAGUUCAGACUAAGCCUUAAUGUGAUGUACAGUUUGUUGCCCUCUUAUUAUUAUAAUUUUUUUUCAUUUUGUUUUUUCUUUUUUGAUCAGGAACGGUGAAACGGUUCUUUCUUCUACUAAGUUUGUUCAUUUCUUAGUAGUUCUAGUGCCGUCUGUCCCCGACACCGUUCUUUUGUUUGAUGCAGUCCCUCCCCGCUUCUCUCUGCUCACCUUCAAAGUUUACAUUUUUACAUUGUUGUUCUGUUCAGCCAUCUUUAAAUACACACUUCAAUGAAAA